AUGGGAUCCAAGAGGUCACUGCCUCGCACAGCUUCAGAGUUGCACCUUUGGGAGCAUAGGCGCAACGCUACAGCUGUGGGUGGAGGGUUGUGGCAAAAUGGGUUUGAGGAGGAUGAGGGAAAAGUGGCGGUGAUGGAGAAAUGGGUUUACGCCAAGCACCAUCGGUCGUUGCAGCAGGGCACUGUGUUGCCGAGACCGUCGUCGGCCAUUGUAGCAGAGCGAUAUGUUGUCGAGUUUUGGGGAUUUUUUGAUGGUAGAGAUGGCAGCGGUGACACUAAGCUUGUGUUGAGCGAACACGAUGAUGCCAUUUUAGAUCAGGUCAUGGUUGGUAGUGAUGGAUUGUCGGGGCUGUCUGUGUCAUGUUGUUGGCGGUGGGACUGUGUUAGUAAUGGUAGCGCUAUUAUUUGUGUUGUGGUGGUGGUUGCAAGUGGCUGUGGUGGUGGCAGUAGUUUUGGUGGUGACAGUUUGCGACCAACCAUUUGUUCAAAAUGUUUGGGUCCGCCUCUACGUAUACCGUUGCUGAAGGAUCUGAAUGAGAAGAAGCAGAGCUUCAAGCGGAACGUGGUUUCAUUAGCGUCUGAGCUCAAGGAGCUUCGCAACCGACUUUCUUUACAAGAGCAGUCUUUUUCUCGUGAAAUCCUAAAUAGACAAGAAGCAGAAAGCAAAGCUAAAAUCAUGGAAAAAGAAAUUAGUAGAUUGCAGAAAAGCUUAGAAGAGAGAAAUGUCCAGCUUCAGGAGUCAACAUCUGCUGCUGAGAUGUUCAACAAGGAACUGGAUGAUCUGAGAUCACAGCUUUCAGCAACUAAAGCUACUGCAGAUGCAAGUGCACAGUCUGCUCAAUCUGCAGAAGCACAGUGUUUGGCGCUUUUGAAAGAAUUAGAAGAGAAGAAUUUCUCUUUAAAAGAGCAUGAGGUUCGUGUGAAUAAACUGGGAGAAAAACUUGAUAUUCUUCAGAAAAAUCUUCGAGCUAGGGAUCUUUCCCAAAUGCAACUGAAAGAUGAAGUCAUGAGAAGAGAGCAGGAGAUCAUGCAAACAUUAGCUAAGGCUGGAGCGAAUAAAGAUUGUGAACUUAGGAAAAUGUUAGACGAGGUUUCCCCUGAGAAUAUUGAAAAGAUGAAUAGGCUUUUGACAGUAAAGGAUGAAGAAAUAGCUAAACUGAGAGAUGAAAUAAGGAUUGUGUCUGCUCAUUGGAAGCUUAAAACUAAAGAGUUGGAAUCUCAGUUAGAGAAGCAUCGUAGAGCAGAUCAAGAGUUGAAAAAGAAAGUUCUGAAAUUGGAGUUUUGUCUUCAAGAGUCUCGUGCUCAAACUCGCAAACUCCAAAGAAUGGGAGAGCGAAGGGAUAAAGCUUUAAAAGAACUCAGAGAUCAACUGACAACAAAACAACCCAAGAACACUGAAAAGCAGAACUUCUGGGAGACACCCAGUUUCAAAAUUGUGGCUUCAAUGUCAAUGUUGAUCUUGGUAAUGUUCUCGAAGCGGUAAGGUUAUUGUGUUAUUUAUAUAUUAUUAGCAUUGUACAAUAGGAUUAGAUGAUGGGGAGGCCAAGCUGAGCAAAUAGGGUAUCACUUAUCAGCAGGUUUUGAUCUUCUUUGUAAAAUGUGCAUUCUACAGGUCUUUUUUCAUUUUUUUUUUUUAACAUUUUCCUCAGACAGCAAAACCCAUUUUUUUGCCUUAAAUAUUAGAGAAUGAAGCAGGCAUUAAUUGUAGAGACAGAUUUGGCAUACAGAAGUUUCUUCAUAGGGAUUUUACAGCACACACACAAUGGGGUGGGUGGAUAUUUUUUUAAUAAUAUUUUAAUCACGUGGGGUCCACCCCAUGUGAGUAUUCUGGUUCCAUCCUAUAAUGCAUUAUUCUGUACACACAGAAUAAUGCCUAAUUGUAUGGCCAAAAGUUUUAGAUGAAAAUGUGGGAUUCUAUUCUGUUGCUACAUUAUGAGUAGUGCAAUAUAACCUCUUAGCAAUUUUUUAUUCAUUUUUUUUUAAUUUUAA